AUUAAAAAUAUCCAUAUAAUGAUAAGACCUAUUAAAUUCUUGCUAUAAAGAGUUACUAAGUUUUCUUUAUCGUCUAUAUAAAUACCGAAACAGUAUUUGUCUGAGAAUGUCAAAGAAAAGCAAAUAAGAGAAAAUGACAUGCUUUGGAUUGCAGCGAAUGCUGAGUACUAAACUAUUAAAGUAAUUUAGUGACAAAAGAUGUUCUAUAGCUGAGAUUGAAAAAUUUAUCAAAGAUGAACCUAGACUUGAACAGUCACCAAUUAGAUUAAUGGAUUUAGGAAAUAAUUAUUUUCGACACAUUAAUCCUAAAAAGAAAAAAACGAUGCUUUAAUUAUUGGAUGCUUAUGUUGAUAAUCUAAAUGAUGAAGGAUAGAUCAAAGAAUUCUAAAAUGCUUUAUCUAUAUAUUUUGAUAAUUCAUAUGAAGGCAAAGAUAUAGAUGAAUUAAACUAUGAGGAAAAAGAUUUACCUGAACAAAUUUUAUGGCAUCUUUAUAGCUUAAUGAUAUUUGAUCGCAUAAGCAGUUAAUAUGCUAGAUAUGAAUAUUUAGAUUAAUUUAGAAUAAUUGAUUACUUUAAUAAAAGAGACAAAGUAUUUAGUUGAAAAAAUUAUUAUAAUUUUUAGGAAAAAAUUAAUCGCGUAAAAUAUGUUUUUACAUCUCAUCCAACUUAACCAAAUUCUUUAACAUAGUUAAUAGCAAUAAGCAGAAUGCUUUAAGGUAUCGAACAGAAUGAUUACAAAUAUCUAAAAUAUGCUGCUAAAUUAUUUAUAUAAUCAAACAAAUAACGUGUUUUUAAUGUAAUUUUUGAUAUAUAUAUUUAGAAAGUUUCAUAUAUAGAAGAAUCCUUAAUUUAUCAUUCUUAAUAUUUGCCUAAUCUUAUUAAAGCAGUUGCCUAAGCAUAUGAACUAGGCUUAUAAUACCCAGAAGAAUUUAUUGAAACACCUGGGACUUGGUUAACGUUUGAUUUUGACAAUCAUCCUGGAAUGGUUAUUUUGAAUAUAAUUAUUUUUAGGAAAUUGGUAUCAUGACUUAUACACAUGGUUUAACGAUUGAAUUAACAUUAUAAUAAUAUAAAGAGUAUAUUGCUGAAGCAAAAUUUGAAGAACAUUUGUAUUUUAAAUAAAUUUUAGAAUUAUAUUAAUAAGCUUUGCAAUAUAGUAAAACAAUAAGAGAAUUAAGUGAUAAAUUUAGAGUCAAGAAAGAAAUAUCAGUUGAAGAAUUUUUUGAGUAAUUACCAAUUUACAAUAUAAAAAAAAUAGAAGAUUAAAUUAAUUAAAUUCUAGAUUAAAUUUUGAAUUAAAAUGAUAACUCAAAAGCUUAUUUUAUAGCAUUAAAAUUGAAAAAAUUAUAUAAAAUUUUUCGCUUAACAGGAGUUUUGGGAUAAAUUAGAUUAGCUGGUGAAGAUUUAACAGAUGUAAUGAAUAAUUAUAUGUCUAUAGAUAAAUAAAAUUAAGCCAAUGAUCAAAAAUAUUUUUAAAGAAAUAUCUCUUCUUAAUGCUAAUGGUUAAGCAGCUGAUAUGAUAAUAAUUGCCAACUUUUAAACAUAAUCUUAAUUCGAUUUAGUUAAUGAGCUAAUAAAUCAAUAUAAGGUUUAAAAUAUGGAAAUUGUACCUUUAUUAGAAUCAUUUUCAUCAACAAAUAAUACUGAUUCAAGAAUAACCAUGAUAGCCAGUAGUGAUACCAGAUAAAGAGAUGGUUUGAUUUUGACGGAGCUUAGAAAUAUGAGAGAAUACAAAAGAAAUCCAGAAAAAUUUAUUUAUAUGGGUUAAGGUAUUACUCCUGAAAGAGGAGGAGGACCCUAUGAAUUAAUUCAUACAAAAUAUUAAGCUCUAACAAGAGCAUAGCGAAAACUUCAUAUAAGAACUAUUCAAGGUCAUUAUUUUACAUCAGAAUUUGUAAGUGAAGAUGUAGCCUUUACUUUUAUGCUUAAUGGUUUAGCUAAUAUAAAUUAUAGUGAUGAUUUUGAACCAAGUUAUUAAUAUAUGGACUUUUUAUUUGAAUUAGGUAAUUUCUUAAUUAAUUAAUUAAGACAAUUAUGUUGGUGUUCCUUAAAGAGCUAUGCAGAAAACUAAAGAAUACAAUGAUUUGUAUAUAAAGAACUAAGCAAUCAAAACUAUGGUUGAAUCAUUUAAUUUUGGAGGAAGUAGAGAAAUAGCAAAACCAUUUGAAAAUCUAAAGAAUUAGAGAGCUAUAGUUUAAGCAUAUUGCAAUAGUGAUCGAUGUUCUUUUACUCAUCCUGAAUUAGCAUAUUGGGAUAGAGUACCAGAGGAAUUAAUAAAUAAAAUAGCAACAUAUUACUAUAAUAAUCAUCCUCAUAUGAAGUAUCUACUUUUUAUGUAUGCUCUUAUGGUUAGAAGAUGUGAUUUAGAUUUUGCAAAACAAGAAGUUGGUUUAGAUUCUUCUAAUUCAUGUUUUUUAGCUAUGUAAAAAGGAAAAGCAGCUUUGAUUACUAUUUUAGAUUAGUUAGGAUUAGGUAACAGUAGUACCCCAAUGAAUGCAAUAUGGAAGUAGCAUUUAGGUUGCUCAUUAUAGUCAAUGAAAACUGAAACAAACUAAAAAUUCAAAACCUUUAUGACUUUAAACAAAUUGUAGUUGUAUCAGGCUAAAAAGAUAGUCAAACAUGGAAUUUUAGAAACAGAUGGAUAGGCUAACUAACGAAAAUUACGACUUUUGUAAGCUACCCUAGCUAAUUUAACUUCCUUUACUGGAAAAGGAUGA